AUGGAGGAAAAAGAGAUAGAAUCUAUUGAAUCUGUAUGGUCGAUUGAAAAUUUUUCGAACAGAGAAACAAUAACCGAGAUGGUCAGCAUGAGAUCCAGUCGGUUCUUCAUGUUUAAGAUCUGUCCAAAUAAUCAGGAAAAAUUCAAUAUCAAUGUUGAAUUUGUUGAUGGCCAAUUGCCUGUAUAUAGUGAAAUAACAGCUUCAAUAUUAAGUUUAGGAAAGAAUGAUGAACCAUUAAGUAAAAAGAUUAAUUGGGAAGUAACUUUAGAAAACAACAAAACUAAAAUUGAGUUCGAUUUAACUCAGGAAGAACUCGUCAAUCAAGUUUAUAUAUAUAAUGAUGAAAUGUUAAUUUCUCUCAACGUAAAAAUUUUGCAAAAAUCUAUUGAAAAAAGUGACACUCAAGAAAUAAAAAAUGAAAAUUCAAAAGAAGUAGAAAAAGGAAAGGACGAAUAUGUAGGAUUAGUGAAUCAAGGUUCAACUUGUUAUAUGAAUGCUUUAAUUCAGUCACUUUUUCAUAUUCCACUUUUGAGAAAAACCGUUUUUGAAAAAUCAGAUUCUGAGAACAAGAUUUAUAGUGCAUUACAACAAAUAUUAGCAGGUCUUCAGUUGUCCAAGCUUAGUCAAGGAACCUAUUGUUUAACAGAUGCUUUAGAAAUGUCAUUUGAUGAUUUAUUGAUUCAAAAAGAUAUUCAUGAAUUUUCUGAUGUUGUUAUGACGAGUUUAGGAGACAUUGCGAAAUAUUUCUAUGAUGGAAAGAUGGUACAUUUUAUUAAUUGCAUUAAUGUUGAUGAAAAAUCAGAGAAGAUAGAGACUUUUAUGGAUUUAAGUCUCAUGGUAAAUGGAGUGUCAAAUAUACAAGAAAGUUUGAAAAAGUAUUUUGAAACAGAAAUAUUAAAGAAUGAAUAUAAAUCAGAAAAGAACGGAAUGCAAGAUGUAGAAAUGGGAAUGAAGAUCAUGCAAUGUCCAAAAAUUUUGUCCAUUCACUUACAAAGAUUUGAAUACGAUCAGAAUUCUCAAAGAAACCAUAAAAUCUAUUCAAAAUUUGAAUUCCAAGAUACAUUAGAUUUGUCUGAAUAUUGCUAUGAAAAGCAAACUGCUGAAUAUGUUUUGACACAAGUUAUUGUUCAUUCAGGAAACCCUGAUUUUGGUCAUUACUAUGACUUCAUCCGACCAAAUAUAAAAAGUGACCAAUGGAUAAAAUUCAAUGAUACAGAAGUUACUAAAUGUAACUCACAAGAAGCAAUUGAAGAUAAUUUCGGCGGACUACCAAAUGCACAAAGUACUAUUGAGAAAAUUUAUUCUGCUUAUAUUUUGGUUUAUGUUAGGAAGGACUUACUUGACCAAAUAUUUAUUGAUGUUCCAAAUGAAGUAAUUCCUCCAAAUUUGCAAAAGCCGCAAUAUUCAUCAGAAUCAACUUUCUUGAGUCUUAUUCAAAACAGCGAAUCUUUCAAGCAGAGAAAGUUUAUUCAGCAGAACCAAAUGCCUCUUGGAAGUUUGCAAAUUUAUACAGAAGAUUCAUUGGAAAGUGAUGCAAGAAGAAGUCGAGCUUGGUUUGAAAGUUGCAAAUCUUUUAUUCCUAAUUUUGUUCCUGAGAAAACAACCCUCAAAAGUUUGUCAGAAACUAUUUCAACUAAUAUCGGGGAAUCUGUUGAUUUCUCAAGGUUGUGGACCGUGAAAGAUGGUUUCCCGCAAAAAUACUUGGACAUCGAAACCGAUGGCAAUAAAUUGAUGUCAGAAUUUGGAACUUUUAAUAGUAUUUUUGUUGAUAACGAUUUUGAAUUGGAAGAAGCUGAUGAAGCGAAAGAACUUGAUAAUAUUUUAGCAUUCAUUUAUACUUAUGAUCCAUCAAUGAAUGAUCCUUUGAGAUUGCAAGGAAGUCAAGUUAUUUCCAUUAAAAAGAAAAUUGGAGAAGUCAUCGAAGAUUUCAUUCCUUCUAUUAGGAAAUAUGAAAUUGAAUAUGUAAUUCAUAACAAGAACUUUUCUAAAGCGAGUCCUGAAGAACAAAUCGGAUUUUUGGCUGAAGGAAAAUCUGCUUUUAUUGUUGCAAAUGCUGUCAAACCACUUUCAGCUAAAUUAUUCAAUGAUUACAAGAGAAAGAGACCUCCUUAUAAGACAAAUCCUUAUGUUAUUUGUUCAACACGUUUGGAGAACUCUGUUUUUCCUGAUGAUGUCAGUAAAUAUGUUGAAGAAGAAAGAAAUAUUGUUGAAAUCAAAUGCAAGCAAUUUGAUGAAUUAGGAAAUACAGAAUAUGAAACAAUUGCUUUUCCAUCAAAUAUAAGUAAUGAUAAUUUCUUUGAUUUCUUAAUUUCUACAUUCGAUAUUCAAAAUUAUGACGAUGACGAAGAUGUCAUUAUUUUGUUCCCUUAUUCUAAUCCAAGUAAUUUGAUUGUAUUAGAUUUAGAAAAGACUCUUAAUGAACAAUUAUCAUUUGAUUCUGUAAAUGAAAUCAGUUUCACAGUUUGCAAGAAAUCUAGUGCUGAAAACUACAGACAUUUAGCUCAAGUUGAAUAUAAAAUUGCUGAACUCGGAAAGGUGAUUGAAAACAAAACAAUUUUUGUCAAAAAUGGAAUACCUAUUUAUCUUCUUAUUAACAUAAUUGCUCUUGAAGAAUCAAAGGAAAUUAUACCUGUAAUAGUUCACAAGCACAGAAUAUCUUCUUUUGUUGAUGAAAAUACAUCAAUUUCAGAUACUUCACAGCCAAUUUUAUUUGAUCAAAUCAAGAUAAACAGAGGAGGUUUCUUGGUUAAAAUAUGUUUCUCUAAAUGCGAUGAAAAACUAAGAUAUUAUGGAAAUCCUUUCCUUAUCAAAGUAGAAAAAGAAUUGGUAGUCUCAGACUUAAUGGCAAUAAUAGAAACAAACUUAGGAAAGAAGUAUAGUCCUUAUACUAUUAAAGAUAAUAAAUUUGUCGCAAUUGACACAACAUUGCAAAUCUCACAAGCAAUUAAUGAAAAAGGCGCAAUUAUAUUGAAAGAUGCUGGAAUAUAA